UGCGCUCUCCUCAAGCUGAGUUUGAAAUCCUAUCAUGUUGUGAUUGCUACUUGGUUAAAAAAAUCCUUAAUUCAAAGAUUUUUUUCUUAAUCCAAUAAAUUUAUGAAAUAUUGACAUAAAUCAAGCAUAUCCAUUUUCUAAAGAUUAUGAAUCCUUACAUUACAAAAUUAAUGAAUGAAAAAUUAACCUGUAUUUUUCUACCCAACAGCACAAGUGGAUGUUCUAACUGCUGCCCUCAGAGCUUCCACUCUUGACUUUGAGGAAGGAAGAUCUUUGGAACCACUGUGUAACCGAACCGAGUCACAAACCGAUCCUAUGAAAGUUGAUCCUGUCAAUGUUGGCCAAGACCAUGUGCCUUUAACUGCUGAAAUUUCAGCCCCUGUUGAGGAAGACUGUGUCAGUGAUACAGUGUACAGCACAAAUCAAACAUUGGAUGCAUCUCCCUUUUCAGCAAUGGUAUCAGAUGACCGGGUAUUCACUUAUUUUGAGACGAACUUGGAAGGCAGGCUUCAAUUUAUCCAAGACAAUUCCUGUCGGAGACAAAACAGUUUUGAAGAUGAUAAAAAAUCUAAAAUUCAGGAUGUUGUCCCUCAAGCAUUGCUGGAUCAAUAUCUUUCAAUGACUGAUCCUUCACGUGCCCAGACUGUUGAUACAGAGAUAGCAAAGCAUUGUGCUUACAGUCUCCCUGGUGUUGCAUUCACUUUGGGUAGGCAAAACUGGCACUGUCUGAAAAAUACAUAUGAAAUACUGGCCUCAGAUAUGCAGUGGAAAGUUCGAAGGACUCUUGCAUUCUCCAUUCAUGAGCUGGCAGUCAUUCUUGGAGACCAGCUGACAGCAGCAGAUCUAGUUCCAGUUUUUAAUGGAUUUUUAAAGGAUCUUGAUGAAGUACGGAUAGGAGUCCUGAAACACUUGUAUGACUUCUUGAAGUUACUCCAAGCAGAAAAGAGAAGGGAGUACCUCUGUCAGCUCCAAGAAUUUAUGGUAACAGAUAACAGCAGGAAUUGGCGCUUUAGAGCUGAGCUUUCUGAGUAAGUGGUUAAACUAGCAAAUAUUUGAACAUUAAGUAGCUUUGUUCAAGAUCAACAUCUGCUUUU